GGUCUCGAACUCCCAACGAUCCUCCCGAGUGCCGGGAUUACAGGCGUGCGCCACCACACCCGGCCACUUAAGUAGUUGUAAAACGGUCCAAAAACGAGAGCCUAAUUGGAAUCAGAGGGACAGUAGGAAAGGAGACAAUGAAGGUAAAGCAUGACACCAAGAAAAAAAAUGGAUAGUGUUUUAGAGUUAGGAGAGACCUUUGGAAUAAUCGACUCCAUCACUAUCUUGGUGCAAACUGGAAAGUAACAGAAGAGCAAAAUAUUGAACCCGCUCUCAGAAUGUCUACGAAGUUACACUAAAAAAAGUAGUAGUUUUUUUUAGUAGUAGUACAAAGUAGAUUGUUUAUCUACUUUGGGUUCCCCUGAGGAUGUGGAAGGUGCGCCCUCAAAUCUACUUUCUAUUGAAUGAAUUAAACUUUCAAUCUAUAAAAUCUGAAUUCUAAUUGUUUCACCACAGGUGUGACCGAUCCACGCUCCCCCCUACCCUGUAAUGCGUCACUUUGCAUUCUUUUAUCAAGUACGUCCACUAAAAUACCACCGCACCCUCCUCAUAAGUUCGAAUUCUGCUGAUUUCAGCAGUUCGCGCGCACGAAGUUUUCCCACUCUACGGCGCUGUCGAGCGUUUCACGACAGUGCCCACCGCGGUCGCGCGGGGCAGGCAGGAGUAGGUCCGGGACUGCGAGGCGCGUGGGAGCCUGAGUGGCGCUGUCAAGAUGGACGGCUCGAGGGCGAGGUUCGCCUGAGACGGCCUCCUCUCUUCUUCCCCUAUACACAGAGCUGCGGAGGCACCGGGCGCAGGCACAGCAGCCGGAGCGCGCGUCCCUCUCCGUUUCCCCGACCUCUGCCUUGAACGCUCAGCUGACAACUCCACCUCAUACGGAAGGCGGAAGGCCGCUGUCGGGCGCAACCUGGCGCCAUGGCUAGGUCGAUCCCAGGCACGCCCGGCCAGGGGCCAGGGAGAACCCCAAGCGCGCCUCGGUUUCCGGGUGCAAAUAGGAAGCUCCUCGGGAAACCCCACACGCCUCCCUCUGAGCAAAGGCUCAGAGAGCGUCUCUGUUUCCAAGGAAACAGCCCGGUGUCGUGACGUCACUUCCGCCGGCCUGUCUGGACUCCAGACUGUUGGGAGGAAAAAAGGAAAACGGAGCAACAGCCACGACAGUGGACGCGAGCGUCUCCUCUGUGCGCAUGCGCCCGCUGAGCGGCCUGCUUCUAUUUAUGUGGGGGAUCCAACAUGGCGGCCGCGGCGACCCUGACGAUGGCGGUGGAGCCCAUCAGAACAUAGUAGCGGGGAAGGAGACACGGUCGGCACUCACGGUGGCGUCGGCGGAGACGGCUGAGGACGGUGGAGGGCAGAAAAGCGACGGAGUGCAAAAGGAAGGGCGGGCAGGCACGCGGCGUGGCGUAGAAGAGACCGCCGGCUCGAGCGCUAGCCGAGGGCCAGAACAGUGGGGAUGGCGGAGCCGCGCCGAGUAGCGUUCAUUAGCCUGUCACCGGUGAGGCGGCGCGAGGGCGACUUCGCGGGCGCCGAGCGCGAGCCCGAGUACCCCCGCGAUCCCCCCCGGCUGGAGCCGCAGCCGUACCGCG